CACUCGCCCUAGUAGGAAUGGCAGAAGUCCAUGUUCCCACUUUUGCCAUGGUAAAUGCCCUCAAGAUGGACAAGGCACCUGAUCCCCGUGUCUUUGCUGUCCAGGAGCUUGGGGACCUGGCAGCGGAGGCCUCCCUGGCGGAGCUGCGGGGCUGCAACGGCCGAGUCAGGCAGCUGCUGGAAGCAGAGCAGCAAACUGCCAAGGAGUUGGAGCUCGCAUUGGCCAAGGCGCGUGCAGAGAACGCAUCGACCAGGCAGUGCCUGGAGCAGGAGCUGCAUGAGGCAGCUGUUGCCAAGGAGCAGCUGCAGGAGGCAAAGAAGAAGCGGAAGGAGAGCCAAAAGCAGUUGCAGGAGUGUGAGAGGGCGGAUAUGGAAGGGACAGAUCCUCAGAGGCACCGCCUCCAGGACUUGCUGUCACAGGCACGGACCCUCAUCGCCAGCAACGGGGACCGAGCCGCGGGCGCCAACAAGCUGAGCCUGGCGCAGGCUCGGGAAGCAGCAAGCAUGGUGCAGCAGUUGGAGGGCCUGGGCUACGCGGACGAUGAGCUCUACAGGGCCUUGCUGCAGCUUGGUUUGCAGAAUUUAGAACGGCACUUGGAGCAUGACCAUCCUGAAGUGCUGGCAUGCGCACAGUCGCUGGCAGUGUCGCUGGAAAAUCUGGGCGACAAGAAUACUGCCGUGAAGUUCUACCAGCGAGUGUUCGAGUCGCGCAGCCUCCGCCUUGGCAAGGAGCACCCGGAGACUUUGGAUUCGGCCUACAACCUAGCUGUUUGCUUGCGUGGGCUGGGCCAAGUGGAUGAGGCGGAAGCACUCUUCAGGGCCACCAUGCGCGGUUGUCAGAGCGCCUUCGGGAAUCAAAACCCCGGCACGCUGGAGAGCGCCGAGCAGCUCGCCGAGAUCCUGGAGGCCAGGUCGGAGCUUGUGGCCGCCUGGGGGCUUCGCCGCCAGCUGCUGGAGUGGUAUCGAGCUGCCUACGGAGAGGAAGACCUCACCGCCCUGGGUGCUUUGUCCAAGCUGGCGAACGUGCUGGCAGCAGCUGCAGUGGCUGGCAGCGCCAGCCCGCCAGCGGCAGCAGAGGCCUUGAGGGCUGCUUACUCCCGGCACAAGCAGGUCUUGGGCCUCGGAAAUCUGGACACCUUGAGCACGGCCAAGGAUAUGGCGACCUUUCUGUCCGGGUGUGGCAACGACCCGGCAUCUGCGGAGGCUGUGCUGCGCGAGUGCGUGGAUGUUUGCUGGGAGCAAUUGGGCGCGUGUGCGCCAGAGACACUUACAAGCGUGGAGAACUUGGCAGAGCAUUUGGAGAGCAAAGGCCGAAUUGUGGAGGCUGAUACAAUUCUUCGCCGACUCGCAAAUGCACAGCGUGGGGACCUCCAUUCCACCGCAAAGUCGGGUUGAUGUACAGCUGGAGAGAGAGAUUCACUUGACAGUCUUUAGCGCGCACGCGCCGGACAGAGGCAAUUUUCGCGCUGCCCACAGGGUGUCGCGGCAGUG